CCUGUCAAAUGUCUGCGAGAUUCAAGCGGAGAUCGAUGUUGAAUACCGCGUUGCUGUCAAUUUUGAUGGCUUGCCCUUGCUCCCCGUCCUGACCAGUGAACGGCCACCCGCAGCGUAUCAACACUACUUACACUGAAACAAGUAUGCUGGCCGCAGAGGCAUCCCGUCCUCCAUCUCAUCCUUCGUCUGCAGCACUCCGUGGACCUAUUGUCGUGGGCUCUCUUGCACGGAAGACGGAUAGUUCCUUCAGCUCCCGUCUGGUGUCAGAACAUGCAAGAGCAAUCCAGACAGCUUCCGAUUCGGGCCAGUCCGAUCGGUCCGUCAGCGCCGCCACUAAUGCAACAGCACAGCAUCCUCCCAAUGUGAAAGCCAAAUCUGCCACCCACCCCACCAAACCUCCCAAACGCACAGCCCAAGAUCUCUGGGCCCUCGUCCGCGCCUCUUACCUCUCCCAAUCCAGCUCUCCCUCCCCCGCCACCAAGCGCCCGCCAAACAUCGGCGCCUCCCUAAUUCCCUACCCGCUAACCAUUCGCCACGGCUUCCAACCCAAAUAUACCCUCCGACAUCGCCAGCAGCAGGUCUUGUGUGCGUGCUCGCAUGUCAAGAUCCCGACACAUCAUGCUGAGGGGAGGAUUACGGCGGAUUAUGCGGGAGUUGUGAAUGGAGACGAGGAUGGGAUGGGAGGGUGUGAAGCUGGGGAAGUGCGGUCCGCGCCAGGUUCAGGGUCGGGGAAACAGAUACACGGGGCGGAAAAGGACGGCUCUAACGGCUCCGACUCAACAAACACCCCAUCGACAUCCACACCCGCAGCAUCAUCACAACAAUCCUCGUCAUCGGCCUACACAUUCGUGACAAUCGACCGCACCCGCACCGCGACGAUCUGGGAUAUCGUCGCGGGGACAGCAUCGCAUAAACCGCGGGCGGUGGUAAGGUGUCCGAUGGAGGUGGAGCAGAUUGCGUAUGUGGCGAGGAUGUGUGUUUAUGUCGGAGUUGGGUGUGGGAGGGGGUUAAAGUUCUUCAACUCGCGGUUUGAAUGCGUUCAGAUAUGUCGAACUGCCGAGCCAGUCCUUUUUGUGAAAUACAACAAAACCACUGGGGAAAUCGUCACGGCCGGAUCUCACGAUAUCAGUAUAUGGGGUCUCGAAGGGAUCCAGAUACGAAACAACAAAGCAAACAGCUCAGGCACCUACAAAGUCGUCGCAACGCUCAAACACACCUUCCACACCGAGUUGCCAGAAGAAUCAUGGAUUUCGGAUAUCUCGCUAGACGAGCCGAAUGGGAGGGUGUUUGCUGCUGUGGGGACGCAGAUUGUGAUAUGCGAAACGCAGCACUUAAGCGGGACAGCCACAGCUGUGCGCACUAUCUCCACCCGGCAUGUCAAAACAAUAAUCCAGCACGACUUGUACCAGUACACCAUCAUCGCCUGUGCCGACGGCAGCAUCCAAAUACGCAACAUGGCCAACGCGAUCAUCCACGAGUUCAACGCACACACGCAGUCAGUCACCGCGUUGGCAAUGUAUCCGCAUGGCCAGGUGCUCAUGUCGGCCGGGAUGGAUUCGAGUGUGCGGAUGUUUGAUUUGAAUACUUUUCGGGAGAUUUAUUGCCUACAUCUACGCAACAAGCCCCUCAGCAUGCACGUCAUCGACGACCAGCUCAUGUACGUCCGCACAGCCGAAGGCCUACAGGUCUGGGGAACGAACCACAUCAACUCCGUAUUCGCGAACGUCAACUCAAACCUGACGACCCUCCUGCGCUCCGACGCCUCAUCAACCUUCCCGCCCCGCUUGAUCGCGCGCACGGAGGAUGGAGUCGUGCGACUGAUCUCGCCGGUAUCGGGGAAGACGUUGACGGCCGCGUUGCCGAUUUUGGAUACGGAUGUUGUUACAGCUAUUGCUUAUUCCGGGCGGACUGAUAGGAUGUACAUGAUGCUCGGUAACAACGAGAUUUGGGUCAUCGCAACCAACGCCAACCCAUGUGCCGUGGUCGAUAUCUGGCGGGCUAGCGAGUCAUCUCGCGAAGACUGCAACCUCAUGACCCUCUUCGAAGGGCGGUUUCCUGAUACCUUUCGAAAUGCCCAUACACCUGCAACGGGUGGGGCUACGCCUGUUGGGGCGCUGGACGCUGCGACGGUGGCGGGGGGUUAUACGUUCUUGCUUGGAGCGACGCGCAAUGGGCAGGUUGUGGUGUACAAACGGAGGGGGGCGGUGGGGGACCGAUGUCAGCUCCACGCCGGCGAAAUGACCCACAUGAUAGCCUCCACGGAGCACCAGCUCCUCUUCACGAGCGGGGUAGACGAGCACAUCCGGAUCUCUAGCGUGGUCCCGACGGCGUUGAAUAGCGGAUAUGUGGUGCCGAAGAUCGCGAUCCCGACGCCUGGCGUGCCGCGAGUGAUUGCGGUGUUGGGGGAUGUGAUCUGUGCCGGGUUGGAUGAUUAUUCGGUGCAGAUGUGGCGGUUUAAUGUUGCGAGGAAAAGCUACACCCCUAUAAACCCCCACAACCGCUCCGACGACCACACCGACGCCAUCACCUCCAUCGUCCCCAUCCCCUCCCUCUCCCUCUUCCUCACCUCCUCGCACGACGGGCACCUCAAACUCUGGGACACGCAAAACACCCUCCUUCGCGAGAUCCAAUUCACCGAAUCCAUCAACCACAUCGCGCUCGCAUCCGACGCCGGCGACCUGAUCUUCUCCUUCGAGAACCGGCUGGAUAUCAUGCGGGGUGGGAGUUACCUACCCCCGGCAUAUGUGAUGCAGGCGCAGAAGGUUGCGGGGGGGAGGUGGACGGAGGCGGAGGGGUUGGUGCCGUUUAAUGAGUUUGAUUUGAGUUGGCAGGAUUUGCGACGGGGGGGUGGGGCGAGAAGGGUUGGGGGUGGGGCGAUGCAGGGGCAUGAGCAUUGGCGGUUAUUCCACGAAUGUAAUCUGGGGGUGCCUGAGCGUGCGAUCACCGAUGCGGCCACGGCCCCGAUGUCCGCAGAAACAUUGACAUCGCCCGAAGAAGCCGAGUUCAACGCACUGAUGGCGCGGCUGCAACUCCUCGCCCACCAACGUCAGCAACUAAUCGACGCGGCACGGAAACGGAUGGAAGCCGACCAGGCCGACAUGGCGCGACAGGAAGAAAUCGUGCACGAGGAGUUCCGCCGCUACCUCCAAAUGCGCAAGUUUAAAGGAAACUCCAGCGUCGAGUUGGAGGAGCUUCCAAUCGAUUUUGAGCCGACCACACCGGCUACACCCCGUUCGCCUUCGGGUGAGGCGUCGGAGAAGGGGCGGAUGGCGGGCGAAUUGGAGGCUGCGGCGGGUUUGUUGGGCGAAUACGCGAUGGAGAUGGAUUCGCGGUUGAGGAACGCUAUGUCGAUGCGCGGCGGGGGCGGGGAUGGAUUGGGGAGUUAUGGGGGUCGGCAGAAGGUUGCAGGGGAUGUGGCGCCGAAUGCGGAGGAGAUGGAGAUACGGGCGACGACGCAUGACUACGAGGGCGAAAUGAAAGGACGGCGGGGGUCGCGGAUGCGCGGGGGUGUGGAGAAUGAUAUUGAGGAGGAGAGCGAAGGGGCGGACGGGUCGCCGACGCAGAGGAAAGGCCGGUUUAGAAGUCGGGAGAAUGAGAAGAAGGAACGCGAACUGAGGAUUCGGUCGAGAGAACGGCAGCGGAAGGCGCUGCUGCGAGGAGAAAACUCAGCCUCCGACUCCGACGAGCCCACCCCACGAACCAAACCCUACCGCCCAAGCCUCCCGACCCACUCCGAAGCGAAAUCCCGCAAAUCCCGGCGUCGCGGCUCCAAACCCGACGAACCUUCCCCCACCACCGAAACCGACACCCGGCGCAAAUCCCGCAUCCCCGCCCCCGACGGCGCCCUCCCCAACUCCUUCGUCCGCUCGCAGGUCGAAUCCUGGAAACAAGCACAUACCAACUUCACGAUCACAGAUCUAUCUCUCACCGCGCAGGCGCAGGACGCGAACGCGGGGAAGCAGGCGGCGGUCAAUAAAAUCACAGCGGCAGAAGAGGCGAGGAAGAAACGGAGUGAGGAGUACAAAGAGCGAUUGAAGGAUAUGCUUGAACGGUUGCCGAAGGAGGAGGAGGUUGUCGAGGUGGUUGAGGAGGGUGAGGCGGCUGCCGACGCGGCGGGAGAAGGGGAGGAGGAGGGUGAGAAAGGGGAACCGCCGGUGAGGUCGAGGUUGCCGGCGCAUCGGAUGAAGGUGGAAGCGCUGGUGCCGAGGGAGGUGGUGGUGAGGAAGGAGAGUGUGGAGGAGGAGGUGUUCCCGCCGGCGGUGGAGAGGUUGAUGAUGUAUGAUUGGGCGCCGGUUGAUGAGAUCUUCCAACCACUUGAAGUCAAACCGGGGGCAAAAAGCCCCGCGGCUCCGUCGGCUCCGUCGGCAACAUCAGCACCAUCGGCAAUAUCAAAACCAUCCACAACCUCCACCCCAUCAAAACCAUUCACAACCUCCGCCCCAUCAACACCAGCACCGAUUACCACCUCCGCAGGAACACCAGGGCUCACAACGACACCAGCAGCAGCACCUCCAACCUCCCGCCCAGCAACCCCACGAAAACAAUCCCCCGCCAUCCGCGCGCGCCAUCGCAAACUCAAACAAGCAAACCCAACCCCAACCCACCUCCUCCCCUCCAUCCUCACAACCUUCCGCGCCCCCACAACAACACCCACAGACCGCACCGAGAUCCUUGAAUACAUCAACUACCUCUACGACCUCGAAGGCAUCGAUGAUGUCGGUGUUGCGGGGGUUAUGAAGGCCCUUGGACGGUAUUUGGCGACGCCUGUUGAGGAGGGGAUGGACGUAGAUGGGAUGGAUGAGGUAGGGGAGGAGGAGGUUAAGUUAAGAUGCACGAUAAUGGAAACGAUGGCGAAGCUGGCUCCGACGCAUACGGAGGUUGUGCCGGGGUUGUUGGUGCAGAGUGUGGCGAGGCAGCCGGAGAUCCGCGCCCGCGCGAUAGAGUAUCUGCAAGCUUUGGGUGUUUAUGCGCCCGAUAACAAGUUCCUGACGAGUGCGCUGGACGGGCUUAUGGGGAAGACCCCACCGGAACCCGUCAUCACACCCAAAGCGGGCGAACCCCCAGCCGACACCCACCCGGACCCCAUCGCGCCCCCGCCGCCUACCUCAAAACCCCCGUCCCGCACCUCCUCCGGCUCGAACUCCCGCCCCACCUCCGCCUCCCGCCCCGCCGCCAAAAGCACAACCAAAAAUGCCAAAAUCCCACCAAUCCCCGAAGAGCACCCCAAGCCCUCCACGCUACCCCCACCCCAACCCGAUCUCCGCACCACAGUGACCAACUUUCUCAAAACAGCGUUACGAAGCUACCUGAUCCGGGCAACACCCAACACGGAGGUACGCGCACAGUUGAAGGGGAUGAAUAUACACGGGUUUGAGGUUAAGAAAGCCAAAUCCGCUAAAACGGAUGUGGGAAAACGGAGUCGGCCGGGGAGUGCUGUUGGGAAAGAGGGCGGUGAGACGGCGGAGACGAAAGGGAAGAAGAAGAAGGUGGUGUUUGAUCCGAAUCUGGUUAUGGGGCCCACGGGUGGGGAGACCACGGCCACUGUGGGGGAUGGAAAGCCGGUGGUUGUGCCGACCAGCGCGACGGUGCUCAAGCCUGCGAUCAACACGACGACUGCGUUGGGGUCGACAUCGGGUGGGACUACGGCGACUGCGACGGCUUUCACGAUGCCGGAUAUGGACAUGGAUAUGUCGGUAUUGAUGGAGUCGAUCACGUACCGGCCGUCUCUUGCUGUUGACGAAAGUUACCAGACAUCGGGUUCGAAUGCUACGUUCCAGCAGAGUGUUAGGCGCUCGAUUGCUCGACAUACCGCCACGCCUCCGUCGCGGCCUACCACCCAAGGCAGCACCGGCAGCGGCAGCGGGGGGGUGAACGCACGGUCAGCAGUCAGUAUCCUCCAAAACCCACUGACAGCCGACUUCAUCACCGCGAUCAACUUUUAUAUGCUGGACCUCCAACAUCAGCAAAUGAAAGCCGAACAAGAAGCGUUAGCAAAGCUGCGGGCGCAAGAGGAAGCGCGUGUGGCGCGCGCAAAGGAGGAGGCUGAACGCAGGGCGAAGAUGGAGAUGACUGCGCAGAAGGAGAGGGAGAGGAUUGAAAGGUUGGAGGCGAAGAAGAGGGCGUUGGUGGAGGCAAAGAUGGGGAAGGAUGUGGGGGGUGUGAAGGGGAAGGCAGCGGAGAGGGAGAAAGAGGAGGGGGGUGGGGGGAAGCGACGGUUGGUGGACAUGAGGACGAAGGGGAUUGGGUUGACGCAUCGGAGUGCUUGUCAUCCGUCGAGGGAAACGUUGGACUAUGAUCAGAGCAAGUUCCCGCCCCUAUCCCCAUCCGAGCUCUCCCACCGUUCGCACCACCACCACAGGCAAGGCGGCGGAGGCCAAAGCACCGAUCUAUCCAUGCACAUUGGCAAAUACAACCGCUCGAUGCCCAUGGAACGCGUCAGCCUGUUACCGUUUGAUCCGUUCGCCAUCUCCCCACCGUACUCCAGCAGCAGCGGAAUCAAGCCAUUGACGCCAUCGCGGGGAGACACCAUGGCCAACGCGUCGAAUCUUGGCAGUAACGGGUUCGGGAGUAGCAUGGCGCGGCUUACGAGUGGAUUCUCUGCUAGCCGGCCGCCGACCUCGGUCCCGUUAGGAUCACAUCUGCAGCCAACGCAACUGUCGCCGCAAUGGCGGACUUUCAGCGUUGAAGACAUAACUGCCGAUGUUCUGGAACGGGAACUUAUUGGGAUUGUGCCAGGCGCGGAAUUACGGUAUAUUCGCAGCGCUGGAAUCAGGAGGCGAAGGGGUGCAACGGGUCAGGGUGAAGAGGACGGUGAUGGCGGCUUGGAGGACAGGAAGUUCAGGACUCAGAGGAAGUAUUUCAUACCAGCUCUGUCUGUUGCGCUGGAGACGGUGGCAGCUGGGCAGACAUAUAGCCUUACGGAUUAGGGAGCCCCAUGUACAUACACUAAGUAAACAAUCGUACAAUACCAUCCAAGAGCGUAAGAAAGCUCUCUCUCUU